AUGACCAUGACCCUCCACACCAAAGCGUCUGGAAUGGCCCUGCUGCAUCAAAUCCAAGGGAACGAGCUGGAGACCCUGAACCGCCCGCAACUCAAGAUCCCCCUGGAGCGGCCCCUGGGCGAGGUGUACGUGGACGGCGGCAAGCCCGCCGUGUACAACUAUCCCGAGGGCGCCGCGUACGACUUUAACGGCGCGCCCGCCCCCUCCGCGCCGGUCUACGGCCAGUCCGGCCUCGCCUACGGCCCCGGGUCCGAGGCGGCGGCGUUCGGCGCCAACGGCCUAGGGGGCUUCCCGCCGCUCAACAGCGUGUCUCCGAGCCCGCUGGUGCUGCUGCACCCGCCGCCGCAGCUCUCGCCCUUCCUGCACCCCCACGGCCAGCAGGUGCCCUAUUACCUGGAGAACGAGCCGAGCGGCUAUGCGGUGCGCGAGGCCGGUCCGCCCGCGUUCUACAGGCCAAAUUCAGAUAAUCGGCGCCAGGGUGGCAGAGAGAGACUGGCCAGUACCGGUGAUAAGGGAAGCAUGGCCAUGGAGUCUGCCAAGGAGACCCGCUACUGUGCGGUGUGCAAUGACUAUGCCUCAGGCUACCAUUAUGGAGUGUGGUCCUGUGAGGGCUGUAAGGCCUUCUUCAAGAGAAGUAUUCAAGGACAUAAUGACUACAUGUGUCCGGCUACCAACCAGUGCACCAUUGAUAAGAACAGGAGGAAAAGUUGUCAGGCGUGCCGGCUGCGGAAGUGCUACGAAGUAGGCAUGAUGAAGGGCGGGAAUUUGAGUGUCAGUCAAAAGCUCAAUUUGAAGGUUGAUGACCUACUGACCAUGCCAUCAAAACUGCUUUUGUCAGGGUUACCAAUGACGUUCACGUUUCUAGAUCCAACAAGAUGCCAACCACCUAGUCCAGGCUCAGCACUGUCCCCAGGUUUCCUCUGCUGCCUCUUGAGUGGCAGAGUGCUCAUGCCAGUUGUUGUCUGGACCUUUGUGCUGUUCUACCCGCACCCGGCCAACUACCUG